UUUCCGAGUUUCACCACUUGAACUUGGGACCCUUUGCUGCCCUCAGCUCAGAGUGCGGGUGAGCGCGCGAGCGCGGGAGGAGGUUGGCACACGGCAUGAACCUGGAGGCUGGCAGCCGGGGAGCAGAGUUCGGCAUGAGCGCGGUGAGCUGCGGCAACGGGAAACUCCGCCAGUGGCUGAUCGAUCAGAUCGACAGCGGCAAGUACCCCGGGCUGGUGUGGGAGAACGAGGAGAAGAGCGUCUUCCGCAUCCCGUGGAAGCACGCGGGCAAGCAGGACUACAACCGCGAGGAGGACGCCGCCCUCUUCAAGGCCUGGGCACUGUUUAAAGGAAAGUUCCGAGAAGGGAUAGACAAGCCGGAUCCUCCAACUUGGAAGACAAGAUUAAGAUGUGCUCUGAACAAGAGCAAUGACUUCGAGGAGCUGGUAGAGAGGAGCCAGCUGGAUAUCUCCGACCCUUACAAGGUCUACAGGAUUGUUCCAGAAGGAGCCAAAAAAGGAGCAAAGCAGCUCACUUUGGAAGACACACAGAUGGCCAUGGGCCAUUCCUACCCCAUGACAGCGCCUUACGGCUCACUGCCAGCUCAGCAGGUUCAUAACUACAUGAUGCCACCUCAUGACAGAAGCUGGAGGGAUUAUGCCCCCGACCAGUCACAUCCAGAAAUCCCAUAUCAGUGUCCUGUGACAUUUGGCCCCCGCAGCCAUCACUGGCAAGGCCCAUCUUGUGAAAAUGGUUGCCAGGUGACAGGAACCUUUUAUGCUUGUGCCCCACCUGAGUCCCAGGCUCCUGGAAUCCCCAUAGAGCCAAGCAUAAGGUCUGCUGAAGCCUUGGCGCUCUCAGACUGCCGGAUGCAUAUCUGCCUGUAUUACCGGGACAUCCUAGUGAAGGAGCUGACCACGUCCAGCCCUGAAGGCUGCCGGAUCUCCCACGGACAUACCUUUGAUGUCAGCAACCUGGACCAGGUCCUGUUCCCAUACCCAGAGGACAGUGGGCAGAGGAAGAACAUCGAAAAGUUGUUGAACCACCUGGAGAGGGGACUGGUCCUCUGGAUGGCCCCAGAUGGGCUCUAUGCCAAAAGACUCUGCCAGAGCAGGAUCUACUGGGAUGGGCCCCUGGCAUUGUGCAGUGAUCGGCCCAACAAACUAGAAAGAGACCAGACUUGCAAGCUCUUUGACACGCAGCAGUUCCUAUCAGAGCUGCAAGUGUUUGCUCACCAUGGCCGGCCAGCACCAAGAUUCCAGGUGACUCUGUGCUUUGGUGAGGAGUUUCCAGACCCCCAGAGGCAGAGGAAGCUCAUCACAGCUCAUGUGGAACCUCUGCUAGCCAAACAGCUGUAUUAUUUUGCUCAACAAAACAGUGGACAUUUCCUGAGGGGCUACGAUAUACCUGAACACAUUAGCUCUCCAGAUUACCACCGAUCCCUCCGUCAUUCUUCCAUUCAGGAGUGAUCUAGCCUUUGAGCCAGCUGCAUGAAGGAUUCUGUUCCAUUGUAAAUACUCUGACAUGGCAGCUGAUUGACGCCCCUUUUCUUUGGAAGAACUAAGAAGUGGGUUCGCAGUUGAAGACAACAACAACAGGGGUUUAUGAAGAAAACAGCUCUAUCUGCUCAACAGAGGAGCUUGUCCCGCAAGAGUGACUGUCAUCCAGGUCUUGACAAGUGCUGGUAUUUUGGUGACUGUGCCCUGGCUUAUAACUGUGAAACUGAAUCAGUGAUGUGUUUACAUGUACUUAAAUGCUGGCUUGAGCCUGGGGUAGACUGGCUUUGGCUUGAAGACUGGAAAACUGUCAGUGUGAAUCCCCGACUAGAGAAGGCAGAAUAAGUAUUAUUGGUCCAUUUCUCAGGGAAGUCAAGUCUUAACUGGAGACUACUGUGCCCACCCACAGAGAAACGUGUUCCUGGAUGGAGGAGCUGUAGUUCUCCUAGAUCACGCCCACUGAGGGAAGGGACCUGAAUCUCAGCCCCAGUCUAGGUCACAAAGUCCAGGCCAUGCAGAGUCUCUCUAAAUGGACCCUGCAUCCUGGGUGCCCCCUCUCAUUGGCCUUCCCUGACAGCCAGCUGGUGAACUCUGUGGUUACCUACUUGAGCCAAAAAGCAUCGGGGAGACAUAAGAUGGGACAUGUUUGGAUGUCCUCGCUAACCAUGACUAGAAAGCAUUUUUUGUGGUCUACCCUUUCGGUUGUGCCUCUCAUUCUUUAGAACUGUUGCUGGCUUUAUGUUUUUUUUCUUUUCAGAAAUGAAAGGAAGGAAGGAAGGAAGAGAGAGAAAGAAAUCAAGAGACUGAAUACUAGAGAUAGUUUCUUAAAGUUCUGUGCCAUUUCCCCUUCUAUUUGUUUUGUUGGCCAUCAGCAGUCUCCAUGGCAACACUGGAGGGGAGGAGCCUUUGCACAGGUUGGGAACCAGCAGAACAGCUGCUGACUGUACAUCAGCAGACAAGUGGGCUGUUUCCACUUAUUUUCUAUCUGAGAUGCUUCCUUGUGCCAAUAGUAGGUUGACAGAGCCUCAAAAUUACUGGGCUUUUCCAAAAAUACAUUCUUUCACAGAAUCCCAAAGAGCCCCGUUUGCCUUCAUAAUCCGGCCCCUUCCUUUCUUGUAACUGUUUUGUUUAGGUGGCUUUGCCAUGUUUCAGGAUUUUUCUCCUACCACAAUGUAAUUUCUGUUUCUUCCAUGCUUAGGAAGAGUCAACUGUUCUCAAACACAUGACACUUGGUUUUUUU